UCUCUGCUAAUACACACACCUCGUUCUACCUACUACUGGGAAUUAUCUCUAAUUUUUCACAUCAUAAGAGGCCGGGUCGAUCGAGGCGUCGGGUAGAUAGUGACAACAUCACUGUUCUUUCACUCGUUUUCUUCGUUCGAAUAGUCUUUUUGUCGCACAACUUGUGCGUAUGCUUGGGUCGCGUUCAGCAGCUGGACGAACUGCUGGAAUAUUCAGAACAGUGUAUCGGAGUCAUAUCCGGCAAAAUCUGAUAACGUUCUCUUCCACCCGCUUCGAGUCAGCUCGUCCAACUACAGACUCUCUUUCUCGUAUACCACCACUCCGGCAGCAACUCUCUAGACUCUUUUCCAGUUCCACCAUGGCCUCUGUCGACGCCAUCAGUGCCCUGCUAGAAAGCCUCUCGAUUAUCCCGACUGCUACAGUCUCGCAUGCUCCAGCAAGUUCUCCUGCUACUUGGCGGGAAGCUCUCGAACAGAGCUCAUCUGCACCAAAGCCCUUCGAGCUCAUCAAAACGCUGGUCUACAAACCAAAGACCGCCAAAACUGCGACUCCAAUUCCUCUGGUAGUCGUUGCAAGAGAACACACCGAUGUCAUUUCAACCGUUCUGGGAAAGAAACUCAAUCUGAAAGACUUGCGAUUGGCAUCGGAAGACCUGCUCACCGAGUUUUUCUCGCUAGAUAAGAACUCUCUUUCUCCUUUGGUUCUCAACGAGCACACCUUCCAUAAUGUCGUCACUGUGAUCGACAACACGAUAGAGUCGUCCUCUUCAUCCUUCGCGAUUCGCGGACUCUCCACUAGUUCUACUAUUUUCCUUACUGGACGAGAACUCUUUUCGUCCCUCAAACGCCUCGAAACAAAAGAGAACCCUUUGCACGAGAUCGACUUUGAAGCUCUCAAGACUGAGGCUCCUGCCCCCCAUGCUACAGUUGCCCCCGCAAAAAAAGAAAAGGAGGCUGCAAAGAUCGAGGGCGCUGUUCAGAUUGCUAUCGGUAUCAAGAAGGAGGUCGAUUUCGCGGGAUGGUAUACCAAUGUCUUGCUUAAGGCCGAUAUGCUGGACUACUACAGCGUUAGUGGGUGCUAUAUCUUGAAGCCUUGGUCGUACAACAUCUGGGAAAUCAUUCAAGACUGGUUCAACAAGGAGAUUCGUGAGCUUGGUGUCCAGAAUGCCUACUUCCCCAUGUUCGUCUCUUCAAAGGUCCUGGAGCGAGAAAAGGACCACAUCGAAGGGUUCUCUCCAGAGGUCGCUUGGGUCACCAGGGCCGGAAACUCUGAUCUCGAAGAGCCCAUUGCCAUUCGUCCGACCUCUGAGACCGCCAUGUACCCAUACUAUGCCAAGUGGAUCAAGAGUCACCGCGACUUGCCCUUGAAGCUCAACCAAUGGAACUCCGUCGUUCGUUGGGAGUUCAAGAACCCUCAACCCUUCCUCCGUACUCGUGAAUUCCUCUGGCAAGAGGGUCACACUGCACAUUUGACCAAACCUGAGGCCGAUACCGAAGUUCGACAGAUCCUCGAGCUUUACCGUCAAGUCUACGAAGAUCUCCUCGCUGUCCCUGUGAUUCCUGGUGUCAAGUCCGAGAAGGAGAAGUUUGCUGGCGGUCUCUACACUACAACCGUCGAAGGCUUCGUCCCCACUUCCGGACGUGGCAUUCAAGCUGCUACUUCUCACUGUCUCGGACAGAACUUCUCUCGUCCUGAGAUGUUCAACAUUGUUGUCGAGGACCCGAACGAUCCGACUGGACAAGGAAAGACUUACGUCUGGCAGAACUCCUGGGGUCUGUCAACAAGGGCGAUCGGUGUGAUGGUCAUGAUUCACGGUGAUAAUCAAGGUCUCGUGCUUCCUCCGAGAGUGGCGAGCAUCCAGGUCGUCAUUGUUCCUUGUGGUAUCACGGCAAAGACCUCUGACGAACAGAGGAAAACUAUCAACGACAAAUGUGAGGAGGUCGCACAGACGUUGAAGAAGGUUGGCGUCAAGGCCAAGGCCGACCUUCGUGAUGUCUACACUCCUGGCUUUAAGUUCAAUGACUGGGAGCAGAAGGGUGUUCCCCUUCGUCUCGAGAUCGGCCCUGCCGAUAUUGCCAAGCAACAAACUCUCACUGUCCGUCGAGACACAGGUGUCAAGGCCCCAAUCCCUCUUGCCGACAUCACCACCUCCGUUCCUCAACUCCUCGAGACGAUCCACAACGACAUGUUCAAGAAGGCUCAGGACAUUUACUUCUCUCGUCUUAAGCAAGUCACCAAAUGGGAAGAUAUCGUUCCUACCCUUGACAACAAGUGCGUUGCCGUUAUACCGUGGUGUGAGGAGGAGGCUUGCGAGGAUGAUAUUAAGGAACGAAGUGGUCGAUCGUAUGUUGCGAAUUCCCUGUUUGUUGGUGCAUUGCUUGAUGAAUUCUCUUUAUUUUCUUGUGUAGCGCCGAGCCUCAGGAUGAGCGUGCUCCUUCCGCUGGUGCCAAGUCUCUGUGCAUACCCUUCGACCAAUCCCGCUGGACUCCCAUCGUUCCUGGCCAGACCAAGUGCCCAGGCUGCGGCAAGGACGCGAAGCGGUGGACCUUGUUUGGUCGUUCAUACUAGAUUUUAUUUUGGGGCUUUGUUGAUGUACUUCCUGUCUCGACUUGCUGUCGUGUCUAUAACCUGAAUAGUUGAAUUGUAUCUGUAUCUAAAACGACGCGAGGUCUAUUACUAUUAGCUGAGGUGUAGUAUAGGUGGGUUUACAACAACGCGAAUUAAGUCGUCAAACUGAGUGUUUGACCGAAUUUAUAAUCUUCAUGAACUCCUUUUCUCUAGCCAA